UAUAUAUAGAUUAUAUAUCUAGAGAGAGAGAGAGAGAGAGAGCGCGGAUAGAGUGGGGGUGGGACACUGGGGAGAUGGUUUCUCUGACAGGAGCAUCAUCAAUGGCGACCGUAGUCAGCGGCGGCGGCAGCAGCAGCCUCAACCCCUGUCUCUCUCUCAAACCCAACAAUUACAAGCAUCAAUUAUUUCCCACAAUUUCUAGGGUUUCUCAAUUCGAAAUCCCCACGUCUCUCCUCUCUUCGGCAUCGUCUUCCUACUUAUCAGGUUUGCUUCCAGGCCUUUGCAAAGCGAGUCAAGUGGCUGAAUUUUUCCCGGCAACAUCUCCCGAAAUUGUUGUCCGCGAGGCGAGAAUCGAGGACUGUUGGGAAGUCGCGGAGACACACUGCAGUUCUUUCUUUCCUGGAUAUUCUUUUCCUCUAGAUUUUGUGUUGAGAAUCGACAGGCUUAUUGGGAUGCUCUUUGGAUUCUCGAUACCAAAGGGUUGCAAAAGAACUUGCCUGGUUGCAGUAACUGAAAAUUCAGGCCAAGAUGCCUUCUUCUUGGGGAGUGAUGACUUAAAGAUCGGAGGUCUUGAUGGGAGAUUCAGUCUCAAUAAAGGAUAUGUUGCUGGGAUUUUGACAGUGGACAAUGUAGCCGAUUUUAUUCCACGAAAAGGGCCUCUACGACAAAGGAGGACAGAAAUCGCCUACAUAUCAAAUGUUGCCGUCCGAGAAAGAUACCGUAGAAAGGGAAUAGCAAAGAGGCUGAUAGUCAAAGCGGAGGCGCAGGCCAAAGCAUGGGGUUGUCGAGCCAUUGCCCUUCACUGCGACAUCAGCAAUCCUGGGGCGACAAAACUGUACAAAAACCAGGGCUUCAAAUGCGUUAAGGUCCCUGAAGGAGCGAAUUGGCCGCACCCAAAAACUACGCCGGAUGUGCAGUUUGAUUUCAUGAUGAAGCUACUGUAAUUGUUCGAGUUCACAGCUCAAUCAGGUAUGUAAAAAGACACUGAAAACUUCUGAAUAUGUUAGUAAUAGAUAAGUAAAAGAUGAAGGGAUGUGUUGAAAAUGUAUAUGGCUGCUCUGGUGAUGUUAAAUUUGUACAAAUACUCUUUGUGUUAUAUACAAUACUCAAUUUAUUGGAAAAGUUGCCAAUGAUUUACGUGUUUGUUUAA